AUGGAGCGCACAAGCCCGGCUCUUAAUCUGAACAGCACGCCUCCUCCCUCCAUGCCCCUUGGCGCCACCCCGCCUGCUGAGACCCCUCGUCGCCGUGGCUGUGUGCUGCUGGAGUGGAUGACGCAACCGACGCCAGAGUGGGUUACUCUGGCUCAGCAGGCGGCACGCCGCCAGGAGCUCAUUGAUGCAGGGGCGCCCGCCGUUAUGGGCGGCUACCUGGAUGCUGCCAAGUGGAUGCGGCUUCCCUACAGCAGGGUCUCUGCUGGCGGUGUAGCUGCUGGCGGGGUCUCUGCUGGCGGGGUCUCUGCUGGCGGGGUCUCUGCUGGCGGGGGUCUCUGCUGGCGGGGGUCUCUGCUGGCGGGGUCUCUGCUGGCGGGGGUCUCUGCUGGCGGGGUCUCUGCUGGCGGGGUCUCUGCUGGCGGGGGGUUUCUGCUGGCGGGGUCUCUGCUGGCGGGGUCUCUGCUGGCGGGGUCUCUGCUGGCGUUGUCGCUGCUGGCGGGGUCGCUGCUGGCGGUUCCGCGUGUUUGCUUGCUGGCGGGCUUGCGGGUCGCGUACGAUCUGGAGCGUGCAGUGGCGGAGCAGUAG